AUGUCCCACGAACCAGAAAGCUAUGACACACAGACCGAAGACCCCGGAGUUGGUAUCUCACAGCCCCGACAUAUCCGGAUGGGCCGGUGGAGGAGGAAUGUCAAGAUCGGACGGAAUGAAAAAGGAAGUCGAGGACCGGUCUGGGACGGUCGCAUUCCCUCCUCUACGAGUAUACCAGCCCGCCCAUAUCUUGGUCUUAGCACCCGGUCUUCGAACAGUGGCGAGUGGCCAUCGUUCGAGCUAGUAGCGAGUACUAGAAAGCAGUGUCAUCGACGAAAGUUAUUCUAA